AUGAACACUCCAUCCAAGACAGCAGUCAUGCUCGAGAAGACCUCACGGCCGAAUGGUCCCAUUGAGAUCAUCAUCAAAUUGCCGCCACUCGAAAGCCAUGCUACCGGACUCGGAUACCAGAAGAAUACCUUGGAGUGGGAAAAGCUCUUGAAGAAGCGCGAAGAAGCCGAGAUGCUAUUAUGUCUCACCAGCCCGAUGAUUCAGGAUCCGCGUGAUUUUGAGCAUGCUGCGACCUGGCGGGAUCUUAUUCGACAGCAGCUGGGCCUUUACAAGAUCAAAAUGUGUAUAAGCGCACUUGCGAUGCCAGCUCAAGACACAGCCAACGAUGAAUCAGCCAGAUACUUUUACUUGCGUUUCAGCCAGACCACUCUGUCGGAUUGGAAAGACUUUCAGCAAUACGUCGACGGAGCUGGUAGCAGAGCGGAAGUUAUCGUGUCUGUGGGAUAUCCUGAGACGUGGAUGGAUGGGGAUGACUGGCGUGAAAGUAUCGACCAGUACAUCACACUCCGCAGAUCGAACAUGGCAUUGAAGCUCGUGGGUGAAGUGGCCAAAUCUCAGAACGCAAAGGAGACAAAGCGUACUCCAAAACGUACCCCAAAACGCACCCCGAGGUCGAAGAAGAGGUCGAACGACCUUGACGAAUGGCGACCGCCGUCGGCGAACAAGAGGGCAAAACGGAGACCAUAG